ACUUGCAGGCCUGCCAGCCCCCUGCCAUGUCUGACCCCAUCACAUUGAAUGUGGGGGGGAAGCUCUACACCACCUCUCUGGCGACCCUCACCAGCUUCCCUGACUCAAUGUUGGGCGCCAUGUUCAGUGGGAAGAUGCCCACCAAGAGGGACAGCCAAGGCAAUUGCUUCAUCGACCGGGAUGGCAAAGUGUUCCGCCACAUCCUCAACUUCCUGCGCACCUCCCACCUGGACCUGCCCGAGGACUUCCAGGAGAUGGGCCUGCUGCGCCGGGAGGCUGACUUCUACCAGGUGCAGCCCCUGAUCGCAGCUCUGCAGGAGAAGGAGGUGGAAUUGUCCAAGGCCGAGAAGAACGCCAUGCUCAACAUCAUGCUCAACCAGCGUGUGCAGACGGUCCACUUCACAGUGCGAGAGGCACCCCAGAUCUACAGCCUCUCCUCUUCCAGCAUGGAGGUCUUCAAUGCCAACAUCUUCAGCACCUCCUGCCUCUUCCUCAAGCUCCUUGGCUCCAAGCUCUUCUACUGCUGCAAUGGCAACCUCUCCUCCAUCGCCAGCCACUUGCAUGACCCCAACCACCUAACUCUGGACUGGGUGGCCAAUGUGGAGGGGCUCCCCGAGGAGGAGUACACCAAGCAGAACCUCAAGAGGCUCUGGGUGGUGCCAGCCAACAAGCAGAUCAACAGCUUCCAGGUGUUCAUGGAGGAGGUGCUGAAGAUCGCGCUGAGCGAUGGCUUCUGCAUCGAUUCUUCCUACCCCCAUGCUCUGGACUUCAUGAAUAAUAAGAUCAUCCGCUUGAUACGGUACAGGUAGAAGGGCGCCGGGCCUGGUAAGGGGCUCCGUGUCCCUGAUAUGCUGCAGAGGGUCUUGCUGACAGGCCAGACAGGGCAUACUGCUGCUCAACGGUAGUCAUGGAACAAGACUUGGUUCCCCUCAUAUUGAGCCUCCUUAAGGUUGGGAUUGUCCUUUGGCUGGCAUCUCCUUUGCUCUUACUCCCUGGAGCU